GUUAAUUAUUGCCAAGGUCGCAAGGACACUUCCUGAACCAUCUUUGAACUGGUGCAGCUUUCCCACGGGUGCAUCACAGUUUCGCUUGCACCCAUAUCCGGAAAACACUCUUGAAAAACAGGUCUUCAGGCUCAAAAGAUAUUCGCGUCUCAUAACAAUUAUGGCAGCCACUAGGCAGUCUUCCGUAUUCCCGCAGGCAAAAGAAAAUAUAUUUGUGGAGCUUGCUGACCCGCAAACAGGGAACCUCUUCUACGCCAAUCUUGUCACGGGGGAAUGCACGUGGGACCGACCGCCAAAGGAUAGAAUUAAGCAAAAAGAUGGAAACAGCCUCGAGUGGUGGGAACUUUUUGAUGAGAACCACAAGCUGCCAUAUUACUACAACACGAAAACGGGAGAGACAGAAUGGAUGCGGCCCACCACAGGUCUCAUAAUACCGCUUCACGCAAUACAGCACGACUCAAAUAUCGGCAAACGCGUUUCUAUCUUAGUUCAACAACAAGCUGCGGCUAGUUAUCAGCCGCAAGGCAUGCUGGGAAGGAGCCUUGGGCCGGUUGGUGUAUUUGGGCGAGGGACGAACAUGCGGGAGGAAUACGGGAAAGAGGAGGAGUCAAUCCAACCGCCUCGAAGCACGAGGUCAGGUUCAGAGCCGGACAUUAGUACGCUGCAACUUGCCACCGCGCAGUCGGAAAAUGAAUAUAAAGGUGCAACCCCCAACAAAGCUACCAGCCCAGCAGCAGGCUCUCUGGGCAACUUUCAUCGCAAAUCUCUGAGCACGUCAUCACCGGCGGUCAAUGACAUUCGUAGCGCGGCAGGGAGAGCAAGGCAGUAUGGGGUCAGCACUCCAGUCUUGAAUCCGGAAGCAGCGGAAGCUAUGAGUCCGUUACACAAAAACCUUCACUCCACGCCGAUUCUCAACAGUGCCAAAGAUAGGCAAAGUAAAGUAUUACCCGUGGAUCUGAAAUCGCAAUUAAGUCAGUUCCGGAUAGAAGGCUUUGCAUCGAAGUAUUUCGCCGAGCAUAAGCGGGGACUCAUAUUCAAGAAGACGGUGCCGCUAGAGAAGUUAUUGGUGUAUCAAAAGGAUGCUCUAAAAACGCCGCUCAUGGUUCUCAACAAGAACCUUCAGAAAGACGCGUUGAAAUGUUUUAAGCUGAUACAGAAGAUCAUGAAAACGGACCCAUCCAGUGCAGCGUCAGACACUCAAACCCUUCUGGAAAAGGGCAUCAUGCAUGGAGGGCUUCGGGAUGAGAUCUAUGUGCAGAUGUGCAAACAAUUGAAAGGCAACCCCGACCAAGAUAGCGUGUAUCGAGGCUGGAUCCUCCUUUGCGUCAUCACCAUCGCCUUCCCACCGUCGAAGAAUUUCGAGGAGUACAUGAAGAACUUUGUGCAGGAGCACCUAGAGAGCAGAGUACCAAACAUAGAUAAACUAGCGCGCCAUUGCUGGAAGAAGCUUACAAGAAUAUGCAGAACGGGACCGCGUGGGAAGACGCCGACGGUUGCGGAAAUUCAGCGUGCCCAGGAGGCGCCGUUUACCCCAGCUCUGUUUGGGGAGUAUCUCGAGGACAUCAUGAAGGCAGAGCUCGAAAAGCAUCCCAACGCCGAAGUCCCGCAGAUCCUGCCAUUCCUGGCAGAUGCCAUUAUCGAUCUGAACGGGUGUAAAACGGAGGGCAUUUUCCGCGUUCCGGGUGAUGCGGAUGCAGUGACGGAACUGCGAAUGCGGAUUGAAAAGGGCACCUACGACCUGCAGGGGCUACGAGAUCCCAAUGUUCCCAGUUCGCUGCUCAAACUGUGGCUUCGAGACUUGGCUGACCCCCUUAUACCCUCCGAGUUUUACGACGCGUGCGUGAAAGUCGGGCAAGACGAGUCCCGAGUGCCGCUGUCUCAGUCUGGACCUGCAGCUUUGGCGAUAAUAGCCCAAAUGCCAGAGGCCAAUCAGAAGGUCAUUCACUACAUGAUGCGGUUCCUUCGAGUGGUCGCAGACCCGAAGAACCAACCGCAUACGAAAAUGACGAUUAGCAACUUGGCCAUGGUGUUUGCUCCGAACUUCCUGAGGUGUCCGAGCGAUAACCCGACCAUCAUCUUUGAAAGCACCAAGUUCGAACAAGCUUUCCUCCGGAUUCUGAUCUCAUAUGUGCAGUGAUCCCGAGAUUCAAUUUUGCUACUUUAACGUUGGUUUUGUUUUGAAGGGAUAGACCACACAAGUGCUCAAUGCACACAGCAUAUUCGAAAGACAUUUGUAUAUGAUAUCUGGAAAUAUUAGUGAUUCAUCUGCCACUGCGAAAAGCGGAGGGAUAUGAUUCUCUUGAUGGUUGAGCCAUUUCUGACCUUUUUCCUGAAGUUAGCCGAUAACCGGUUUUUACCACCGUCCGCACCACAUUUACCAGACCCAACCAUGCACACUAAGCCAAAUCCAAAUACAGCUGGUUUGAGAUUUAUGUACAUGUAGUUUGGAGGGAGCCGAUGCAAACAAGAAGGCGUAUAGACACUCGUCGCCAUUGGGAA